AUGAGCUGGAUGAAAAAUGCAAGAAAAAAAGAAAAAAAGUGUCAAGUAAACCCAAGAGAAGUUGAACGAGAUACUUUCAUAACCCCUAUCGAUAAAACGAAACAGACAUUCAUGAGUGGUGUUCAAAGGCAAGAUUUGGUCUUAUUCAGUGAUCAAUCCGUUCUUCCUGCCCAAUUUUUUCAAGAUAGUAGCUCUCACAACCUAAUCUUCAUUACUCAUCAGUCGUCCACCCAACCGCUAUGGCUGAUAAACGCACUAAUAGAAACCCAUAUCUUAGGAUUUCCAAAUUCUCUUAAUGAAUCUUCUCCAUCGUCACUGUUGUCACCGGCUCACACUCAUGCAGUUGUUGCAUCGUUUAUCCACGAACAAAAGCAUUUUAUAAAUUCAUUUAGCAAGUUGAAGAUCCCAACCAAUAACUAUAAUGUCUUCGACUUCCUGUCCGAUUUCAUCGUUAGUGAUAUCCUAAAUAAGCCAAGAGAAAAAAUACUAAGUGAAUUACUAGCAAACUUUUUGGUUGCUCUACAGAAUAACCCAACGAACACUAUCGUUAUUAUAGAACAACCAGAAUUACUAUUAUCUCUAAUAAAUGGCUUGACUUACUCAGAAUUGAAUAAUAGGUUCAUUACACCUCUUCUGAAGCAAUGUCAAGUACUGAUCAUUGUUUCCAACUCAGACAUUUUCAAUAUGGACGAAUACGAUGUUACUGUUCAUACCUCCAAUAUACAGAAUUUUUACAAAUCUUCUUUUAUCAGAUCAAUGAUCAAUUUAAACUUAAACCCCUUGAAGACUGGAUUUGCAAAAGACGUAACUGGCUCACUGCACGUUUGCAGAGGUGGUGCACCGAUCGCGACUCUUUCAAACACAAACUUACACGUGGUUGAGAACGAAUACUUGUAUCUAAAUGAAAAGGAAUCAACAAAGCUAUUCUACCGAUAG